AUGGUAGUGGUUUUUGUUGUUUGUUGGAUCCCACUUAACGCCCUCUGGAUUAUUGUUGACGAGUUGGGCAACGAGGCUGUUCCAAACUUUGAAGUUGUCUUCCUGGCAUGUCACAUCAGCGCAAUGUGUUCAGCAGUGUCCAAUCCUCUUCUCUACGCCUUUUUAAACGAAAACUUCCGGAAAAACAUAGGAGCUGCUUUCUCCUCUUGUUUCCUUAAACGAUCAGCUGUCGGUUUGUCUACUCAUAUGGCCCAGGACCAAAAAAGCGGCGUUAACGUUGCCAAAAUAUCCGUGAGUAACAAUGAAGAAAACGCCAUUGAAUUGGUGAAAUCAGGAAUCAUCAAGUUAAACGAUGAAAUCGACUGA